AUGGCCUUUUUCUCGCCCGCUCACUUCAGCAUCUUCUGGUGGUCUCCGCCAUACAAAAACGCAUACAACCGCCGAGCGCUGCUUCGGCUCAAAAAGCCGACGGCCUCCGACCAGAAGGGGCUGUACCGCCAGCUCGAGGAGAAGGACAGCUGCGGCGUCGGCAUGAUCGCCAGCCUCAAGAAGAAGCCCUCGCGCUCCACCGUCGUGCAGGCCAACGAGAUGCUCGUGCGUAUGUCCCACCGCGGCGGCUGCGGCUGCGACCCCGCGUCCGGCGACGGCGCCGGCAUGCUCGUGGCGCUGCCCCACGAGUUCAUCGCGCGCGUGGCCCGCGACGGCGAGUUCGGCGCCGCCGCCAAGCUGCUCAGGCUCGAGAAGGAGAAGUACGCCGUGGGCAACGUCUUCUUCAACAAGAGCGCGCCCAACGACAUCCCGCGCACCAAGAAGACCUUCGACGACAUGGCCGAGGCCAUGGGCCUCAAGGUCGUGGGCUGGAGAGCCAUGCCCACCACGUCCAACACACUGGGAGCCACGUCGCUGGCCUCGGAGCCCCACGUCGAGCAGGUCAUGGUGCUCAACGAGAACCCCAACCUGUCCGGAGACGACUUCGAGAAGGAGCUCCUGCGCCUGCGCAACGUCGUCACGUCCGUGAACGAGAAGAAGUUCUCGGACUUCUACGUCAACUCGCUGAGCAACCGCACCAUCACGUACAAGGGCCAGCUCACGCCCGAGCAGCUCUUCGAGUACUACGACGACCUGUCCGCCAAGGACUUCACGUCGUACGUGGCGCUCGUGCACUCGCGCUUCUCCACUAACACAUUUCCGUCCUGGGACCGCGCGCAGCCCAACCGCAUCAUGUGCCACAACGGCGAGAUCAACACGCUGCGCGGCAACAAGAACUGGAUGUACGCGCGCGGCGGCACCCUGCACAGCUCGUACUUCGGCAACCGCACGUCGGACCUGCUGCCCGUGUGCUCGGACUCCAAGUCGGACUCCGGCAACUUCGACGCCGUGCUUGAGAUCCUGACCAAGGCCAGCUCCUGCAACCGCUCGCUUCCCGAGGGUAUGAUGAUGAUGAUCCCCGAGGCCUGGCAAAACGACCCGCUCAUCGCCCCGCACAAGAAGGACAUGUACAAGUACCAGUCGCUGCUCAUGGAGCCGUGGGAUGGUCCGGCCAUGAUGGCGUUCACGGACGGAAAGUACAUCGGCGCCACGCUGGACCGCAACGGCCUGCGUCCGAGCCGCUACUACGUCACCAAGGACGACCACGUCCUGCUUUCGAGUGAGAUUGGUGUGCUGGAGCACCUGCCCGAGAAGGACAUCAAGUACAAGCGCCGUCUGGAGCCCGGCAAGAUGUUCCUGGUGGACUUCGAGCGUGGCAUGAUCGUGUCGGACGAUGAGGUCAAGAAGUCCGUGAGUGAGAGCCGUCCUUUCAAGAAGUGGCUGGACGAGAACCUGGUGUCGCUGUCGGAGCUGACUGCCACGAAGAAGGAGGCCCCUGUUCAGCAGCGCCGCCACCACAACUACGCGGAGCUCAACCGCCGCCUUAACAUGUUUGGUUUCACUACCGAGACGAUGGACUUGCUCAUGAUGCCGAUGGGUAUCACCGGCAAGGAGCCUCUUGGUAGCAUGGGUAAUGACGCGCCGCUGGCUGUGCUGUCGGAGCAGCCCAAGCUGCCCUUCGAGUACUUCAAGCAGCUCUUCGCGCAGGUGACGAACCCGCCGAUUGACCCCAUCCGUGAGGAGCUGGUUAUGAGUUUGAUGUGCCCUGUGGGCCCGGCUGCGAAUGUGCUGGAUGCGUCUGCGGAGCACGCCAAGCGUUUGAUGGUGGAGCACCCGGUCAUGUCGAACUCGGAGAUGGAGGCCCUGAAGAGCACCAACAACGCCGACUGGACCCCGAAGGUUCUGGAUGCGACGUUCGCUGCUGGAAGUGGUGGUCGUGGUCUCGUUGAGGCGCUUUACCGUCUGUGCGAGCAGGCCACGGAUGCGCUUGUGAACGAGAAGGCCCCCAUUAUCGUACUCUCGGACAAGCUUGCGGGCGUGAACCGUUACCCGGUGCCGUCGCUGCUUGCCGUCGGCGCUGUCCACCAGCACCUUCUCCGAACGCAGCAGCGUACGAGUGUUGCGCUGUUCGCGGAGUGUGGUGACGCCAAGGAGGUGCACGACUUCUGCACCCUGCUCGGUUUCGGCGCUGAUGCCGUCAACCCCCACAUGGCGGAGAUGGCGCUGAGCAAGAUGAACGACGAAGGUCUCCUGUACGCGCACUCCAAGACGGAGAUGUCGAACUCCGAGGUGUUCGACAAGUACCGCGCUGCUGUGGGCAAGGGUAUCCUCAAGGUCAUGUCGAAGAUGGGUAUCUCGACGCUUCAGUCGUACAAGGGUGCGCAGGUGUUCGAGGCUGUUGGUCUGGGUGACGACAUUAUCAGCAUGUGCUUCGAGGGCACGAACUCGCGUAUCCAGGGUACGGACUUCGAGGCCCUGUACACCGAUAUCUCGCGCUUCCACGAGGCCGGUUACCCGCUGCACUCGGACAUGCUUCCUCUGAUCCGCAACCCGGGCAGCUACCACUUCCGUAACGACUCGGAGGUGCACUACAACUCGCCCAAGAACAUUGUCGCCCUGCAGCGUGCCGCCCGUGAGAACUCGCGUGAGGCUUACGCGCAGUACGUGGAGGAGACGAACGAGCUGUGCAAGCGCGUGAACCUCCGUGGUCUUCUGGACUUCAAGUUUGUGGAUGAGGACAAGAUGCCGAAGCUUGAGGAGAUGGAGAGCGUCGCUGAUAUCGUGAAGCGCUUCAACACGGGUGCUAUGAGUCUGGGCAGUAUCUCGCAGGAGACCCACGAGGCUCUCGCUAUUGCGAUGAACACGAUUGGCGGACGCAGCAACACUGGUGAAGGUGGCGAGGACGUAAAGCGUUUCACGACGCCUGGCGGCCCGCCCAACCUUCGUCGCUCGGCUAUCAAGCAGGUUGCUUCGGGCCGUUUCGGUGUGACGAUGAACUACCUGACGAACGCCGACCAGCUUCAGAUCAAGAUGGCCCAGGGAGCGAAGCCCGGUGAGGGUGGUGAGCUGCCCGGCCACAAGGUCAGCGACUACAUUGGCUCGAUGCGUCACACGACGCCUGGCGUUGGUUUGAUCUCUCCGCCGCCUCACCACGACAUUUACUCGAUUGAGGAUCUUGCUCAGCUGAUUCACGAUCUCAAGCACUCGAACCCUUCGGCGGAGGUCUCGGUGAAGCUGGUGUCUGAGGUUGGUGUGGGCGUUGUGGCUGCCGGUGUGGCCAAGGCCAAGUCGGACCACAUUACCGUGUCGGGCCACGACGGUGGCACCGGUGCUUCUUCGUGGACGGGUGUGAAGAACGGCGGUCUUCCGUGGGAGCUGGGGCUUGCUGAGACGCAGCAGACGCUUGUGCUGAACGACCUGCGCUCGCGCGUGAAGCUGCAGACAGACGGACAGCUCAAGACUGGCCGCGACGUCAUGGUUGCUGCUCUGCUUGGUGCUGAGGAGUUCGGCUUCGCGACGGGCCCGCUGAUCGCUCUUGGCUGCAUCAUGAUGCGCAAGUGCCACCUGAACACGUGCCCCGUUGGCGUUGCCACGCAGGACCCUGAGCUGCGCAAGAAGUUCCAGGGCCAGCCUGAGCACGUGGUGAACUUCAUGUUCAUGCUGGCUGAGGAGGUGCAGGACUACAUGCGUCGCCUGGGUUUCCGCAAGCUGGACGACUUGAUUGGCCGUGCCGACCUGCUCAAGGUGAACCAGGACGCGCUGCACUACAAGAGCCGCAAGCUGGACCUGUCCCCGCUCCUGAUCAACGCCAGCACGCUGAACGAGGGCGCUGGUGUGAAAAAGGAGAUGGAGCAGGAGCACGAGGUUGAGAAGUGCAUCGACAUGCGUCUGAUCGCCAAGGCGAAGGAUGCGCUCGAGAGCAAGACCCCGGUGGUGAUCGAUGACGUUGCAACCAACCUGGACCGUACGCUCGGCGCCACGCUGUCGCACGAGAUCUGCAAGCGCUACGGCGAGCAGGGUCUCCCCGACGGCACGGUCCACCUGAAGCUCAAGGGCCACGGCGGCCAGAGUCUGGCCUUCGGUCUGGCCAAGGGUGUUCGUCUCGACCUGGAGGGCGACUCGAACGACUACGUGGGCAAGGCUCUGUCUGGCGGUGAGGUGGCGGUGUACCCGAGCCCGGACUUCUCGGAGCGCGCUAACCCGGAGAACGUGAUUGUCGGCAACGCUGUGCUGUACGGCGCCACGAGCGGUGAGGCGUACUUCUCGGGCAAGGCUGGCGAGCGCUUCUGCGUGCGUAACUCUGGUGUGAAGACCGUGGUGGAGGGCGUGGGUGACCACGGUUGCGAGUACAUGACGGGCGGCCGCGUGGUCGUCCUGGGCCCCACCGGACGCAACUUCGCGGCCGGUAUGUCUGGCGGUAUCGCGUACAUCUUCGACGAGGACAGCAGCUUCCAGAAGAAGUGCAACAUGGGCAUGGUGGGCGUGGCCCCGCUGACUGAGACGGCGUCGGCUGCCGAGAUCCAGGAGGUCAAGGCGCUGAUCACCAAGCACCUCGAGCGCACGCAGUCGCCCAAGGCGCUGAAGCUGCUGGACAACUGGGACGCUUUGGUGACCAAGUUCAUGCGCGUCAUGCCGUACGACUACGAGCGGGUGCUGCUCGAGCGCGCGGCUGUCGUGAAGGAGACCAAGAAGUCGGCUUCCGCCUCCGCCUAAACCACAAGGAUCAGUUAAGAUAUGUACGAAGGGAAGAUAGUAAAGAGCAUGAAAUGUAUAACCAAGGUAAUCGC